ACCUGCCCGGUGCUCCUCCGUACAUUGACUGGUCACUGCUGAGCUCACUGCUACUCGCCAGUGUCCUGUGUCAUCAACAGUGAUCUAUUCUUUCGUGCACAUAAGCACUCGAGCGUUUAGUUGAUAGUGUGUGCGUUGUGAUAGUUCCUGGUGUAAUAUAAUUUACCUUCGUGUGCAUGGGUUACGUCGAGUACCUAACUUGUCUAAUCCAGAUAUCCCACGUGGACAUCGUUAAUGUGUAGUACUUAAGUAGUGAGAGUGGUUGGUGGUAGGUGAGUCAGUGACAACAUCUUGUACAGGACCUCCAGCGACCACCUCACUAGUGGGUGUGGGAGCAGGAGCACUAUCCGUAAGCAGUGGAAGGCGCGAAAAGAACGUCUAUACCCUGUAUGCCAACCUGGCCACUCAACAGUAAGGAAGCGACAUCAUGUGACCUAUCCAUCACCUCCUAACCCUCUCUUCUACACACAGCACCUAAUAACAGUUGAGUGAACGGGAUAGAGAAGAAAAUCUUACUGUUUAACCUUUUCCAGUGCUGGAACCUAUACUGUACGGUGCUCAAGACACAGUACACCUGAACCUGUAGAUAGCUGCCCUAGACUCUCCGUUUAUGACCACUGGUGCCAUUGUGCUGUCAGGGACUGCUGGGUCGAGGAGAUGGAAGGGUGGGAUCGUUCGCCACUCGAUUUCACCAACGGCGCUGUGUUAUGUUGUGGAUAGUUUUGAUGUUGAUGCUAUGAUGUUACUGCAUUUCAACAAACCACCAGUUGAGGGACCCUAGAAGAUUGAGCACCAUCUGACCACCGCCACCAUUAAGAUGCAAUUAUGGGCGUGGGUGGUGGCGUGGGUGACGAUGGGUUUGUGGGCGUGCGGGUGGUGCCAGGCCUCCUCACCCAUCAGGAUCUCCGCCUACGGCUAUCCUGAUCCUCCAGGCUACGGCAGGAGACUCUCCCCCAAGAUUUCUGUGACGAGACCUCGAAGGAACGCCACCUUCAUCACCCCGAAAUCCGAGAUUAACAUAAAGAGUUCCGAAGACAACAUAGAGGACGUGCCCCUCCCUGAAGACCUCCCCAGUGACGACCCAGUUAAGGACGACGACGACGACCAGAAUGCCACCAACACCACCAUCACUAGGGUCAGGGUUCCUGUCAACAGAAUGGGCGUGGCUGCGAGGACAACCAAGAGAAAAAUCCGCCCACUUCUACAGGAACCAAGACGACGCUCUCACUCGCGAGACUCCACCACCACCAGGAGUGUGGGACCUCCAUCUAUCCGGCCUCCAGCAACACCUCCCUCGCCUCCUCAGGGGCUAUUUGGGCCCCCUGCUAUAACAGGGUUUGGAAUCGAGCCUCCGGCACCUCCAGUGUUGCCACCCUCCACACCCACACCCACAUUAAUGGGCAGUUUUGGCCCACCAGCCAUCCCCCCGCCCAUCAGCUCUCCUUCUCCCCCACCAGGAGCUGACCAAGCCCAGGUCUCAGACAUUAAAUGUAUGAACACUGGGACGACCAGCUCGUUCAUGGCGGUCCUGUCUCUGCCUGUGGGCUAUAACGCCAUCCCCGUGUUUGAGGACCGGCCAACCAUCGACCCCACCAUCAACACUGCCUGCAGGAUGAUCCCCACACAGCUUACUAACGACAUGUUCCAGCUUAUUGUGUCUGACCUAGAGCGAUGUGGUGUGAGGGAGUGUCGCCAGGGCAAUGGGGAGACGUGGUUGUGCUUGCAGCUGCGUUUCCCUCUAGUGAACGGGCUGAAGCUCCCCGAGGACGAGAAAAUUCAGAUCAGGUGUCGACCCCAGGAUAAGAUCGCCCAAGACACCCACGUCCUCCGGAUAGCCACAGCAAAGUAUGCGGCUAAAGAGGCAAUCAAUGGGGUGACCUCCACAUCGAUGUUUGAAGGAGGGCAGCAGGAGUUCCAGUGUGAGAUUGGUCUCUUCAGGAAGCUGCCUGGCACAGAACUCUUUGCCUCCAUAGUGACACCAGAGGUGGAGCUUGACCUGGGGGAGGAGGUGCAGCUAAGGUCCAUUGUGAGGUCCGGAGACGGGUGGCAGUAUAGCCGCAUCACCACCAUCAUCAUCCAGAAGGUGGGGGCGCCCCGUGCACGCUCCAUCCUCAAUGCUGCUGACCUGGUGUUUGCUGACGGCUGUCGCAACCCUUCUUACAAGGUAAUCGCUCGCCAGCACCCUAAGAGAGACACACGUAACCCACUGAUCAACAACUUCACCUUCCGGAUGUUUAUGUUUCAAGACAUGGAAGUUGGCGACAGUCUCAUGAUCACUGCUAAUGUGAUUGGAUGUGUAGACGCAGAAGACUGUGCACCGACUAACUGUGGGCCAGGGGACGAUGACCUUCUUGGAUUCGGCAAAAGGAGAAAGCGUGCAGUGGGCCAGUUCACUAUGACCACAGUUAUCCCUGCCUCAGAUAUAUCCUCCUCCUCAGGUCCUCCCUACCCACCUCCUAUCCUAUCCACUUUCUCCUCCUCCUCCUCCUCCACGAUGCCAUCUGCGCCCUCCAGCCACACCCGCAAGCAGCAUGAGAACACCACUAACUGGGAGAGGAACUUGUCCGUCAGGGUGAAAAUUCCAGAUACUAAAGUUCGUCAGGAAUCCAUUGAAGCUCAGGAAUGUCGUCUCUACUUGUUCAUAACCCUGGGAGUGGCUGCGGUGUUCUGUUUCUCUUCCAUUGUAUUUGUGGUCUUCACUUUGCUACGUGGCCGCACCAAGGAGGUGUCUUCAUCUACUCCUACACCAGUGAUGGGACAGCCACCACCAGUUAUGCCAUUACAACCAAUGUCAACUUGCUCAAGCUCUCUCUCGUCAACACAAGACUCAACAGCCAGUAUAUGUAGUUCACAUCUACCCAGCUUUCCUGUUCCACCUACAGUCAGACAGAGAAAACGUCAAGUUAAUGCUGAGCUUUUAAAAGUUUUUAACAAUGAAUGCCAGUUUCCCUAUGGCACUUACUACCCAGGAAUGCUCAACUACUAUGGCUAUAUGGUGGUGCCUCGUAAGACAGCAGACAAAUCCAAUGAGAAGAAGACUCUUCGAGCAAUGAAACGGGACCAUAAGAGGUAUCGUAUAGAUGAACCAGAAUGUGUAUGUCAGUGUAAUAAUAACCAUGCCCAUGGUAAUGACGAGUUGCCUAUUAAAGGUAAUCACACAGCAAUUAUCCGGAUAUCAGCCUCAGGGACUGAUACUGUCUCCUCCACGGCCAGCCGCCCCCCAAAACCAACACCAAGAAUUCGGAAAGAAAAGGAUGAUAAUAUCUAUAGUGAAAUCACUCUAGACAGUACAACACCAACCAUGGUCUGAGAGAUAUUCUAUGCUAGAGCUUUAUACAGUGCCAUGAAGACUUGUACAUAUGUGGUGGCUUUCAGGGAUAUUGUAAUUUAUAUAUAAAGUUGUCAACAGAUACUUGGGCCUCUUAUGACACUUGUUGAGAAGAUAGCCAAGUUCUUAUAAACUUAACAAGGCUAAUAUUUUUAAUCAAUCAAGUCAAAAGAAACAUUCCGGUAAGACCUACAAUACAUUAGAAAGAGGCUUGGUGUAUAUACAGGUACGUAUUCUGUGAGAAAAAGUCCUAUCACCUAUAUGGAUAUAAACUAAUAUUACUUUAAAGCUAUUUUUUUAUUAAUUCUAUGUUUCAUUCAUUUCAUAUGAAAUGUCACGAGGGUUUAAGCCUUAAAUCUAAUUUCCUACGAAGCCUUGAUUGGGCGAUUAAUGUAGCCCACCUGCUGGUGAAUAAAAUUUAUCCAAAAUUUACUUUUUACUUUCCCAUCAUAUGCGGGUCUCUAAAAAGACCUGAUGGCUAUUAAAGUUACUACUGGAGACUGUACAUAUUUGCUACCACUCUAACCUGUUACGCUUCACAGCUCUUGAAGAGGUAACAUUUGGACUCCUGCAGGAACAGUUAAGCGUACAUCUGCUCUGUUUGUUCAAAAUACCAGAACUGAGGUGACUGAUCCAGGAAUAAAGCUGUUCUGUACUUGUAGCAGUCAAAUGAGGAAGCAAAGACAUCAUACAGCUUUCAGUGGAAAUCUUAUAUCCACUAACUUCUUUUUGAGACCCAAAUAUGCCAGGAAAGUAUGAACUAAUUUCUGGUAGUCCCCGGCAUUCAUCAAUAUCCUGGGAACAUGUACAGAAAUAGACUUAUUCGACUGAACAUGAUUUAUCCGAGUCGGGCGUCAGGCUAUAUAAAAUUAUACUUUAAAUUCUAUUCAUCACUAGAAUUCAUAACAGGUACAGGUUAUAGCAGUUAUUCAAAAUAUUAACCUCAGAACAAGGAUGAAAAAACAAGUAUUGCUUACUGUGUUCUCAAGGUGAAUUCUUGCGUUUAGCUCAAUACCUUAAUGGGUAACAUUAAUUACAAGUAAUACUACUGACUUUAUCAGACUAUAAUUAUUAUUACCGAUAUAAUUAUAUUUUACAUACUAUUUUUUUUAAAUUUGAUGCAACUAUCAAGUGUCCUUAGUUUCACAUACAGUAUAGUGUUGCGUAAGACAGUGGGCCCAUAUGAAUUGUGAAAACACGUUUCUUAUGGCCAGAGUCUCCUGCUUGCUCUAGUCUAGAGAAUGGUGUGGGUGAGAAAGUCACUGUUCUUUAUUGUCCUACUGAAAUUCCAGUGUUAUGCAGGCUAUAGAAAUCCGCUAAUUGGUUGUAAGACAGUGACAAGCGGGUCAGUGUCCCUCACACCAACGGCCAAUCAGCGCAGCCUCAAGAUGCCGCCAGCCAAUGAACGUUUAGUGAGACGCAGACGCUUGGAAUAUUGUUAAAAAUUUUCGUGUGGCAGCUAUUGUGCUCUCCCCUGGUGUAUUUUUGCGCUUAAUAUUCGGGAGUAGUGAGUUCCUCAGAUAGUGAUAAUCAGCCAGUGGCGUCUGGAUAUUCACAGAAACAUAUAAGAAAUGUGGAGAGCUAUCCUAUUUGGUGUGGCAUCAUAGAGAAAAUCGAACAGAGGGUACAUAGUUGUUGCCCGUGUUGUGGAGCCUGCGUGUGCUUGUGACUGCUUUGGUAAUGCAAAUAUGGACAAGAUGUAGGCUAUAGGCACCUUCAACCAGCAAAAUGACUAUCUAAGCUUGUGAGUUCGAAUGUGAAAUGCAGCUGCACCAUGGAUAACCCAAGUAAGACACUGAUUUGCCUCGCCAGCAACCCCCCCACACCACAACCGGGCGAGCACUGGGCAAUCAUUGUACAGUAAGUGUUAGUAGAAAUAGUGGUAAAUUUUAACUUUGGAUAAUAUGAGAAUCUUAGGAAUUUUAUCUUUGCAAUCAAUAGUUCAGUUAAUUCUUAAACAUAACCAGGAGGCUCUGCUCCCAUAGACUCCCAGGCAUAUACAAGUCGUUUGCGAGGAAAACGUCAUAGAAGUAAAAUGUCAUGAUCUAAAUUCUAAACUAUUGAUUGCGAAGUUUAAAUUCCUAAGAUAUCCAUGUACAAAACGUAAAAUGAGUUAGGUAAUACACAGAAUACUCACUUUAUAUUUAAAACU